AUGGCGCUAGCUGCGCAGCAUUUGUGCACCGCCGCCGUCAGUGUCAGCCAGUUUGCCGUGGCAUACGGAGCUCCAUCGCAGCCUUUAACACUGGUAGCAUGCCGCGACAGCGUGGACGUGAACCAUGCUGCCGUGCGCUACGUCAUAGAAGCUGGUAACGAGGAGGGCACCUUCUCAAUAGACGGCGACACAGGGGUCGUGAUAGUGGCUGCUGAGCUCGACUACGAGAGAAGAUCACUGUAUGAGCUGCAGCUGUUGGCGGUGUCUGGGAAGGAGAGCUCGAGGGCAGAGCUUCUGGUGACGGUGCUGGACGCCAACGAUGAGCCACCAGUGUUCCAGCAGGCCGUGUACCGCGCAGAGCUGCAGGAGGAGGAAGACCCAGCUCACCUGCCCAGGACUAUCCUUACGGUGAGAGCUGUGGACGGUGACGUGGGCCGGCCUCAGGACAUUGUGUACUCCAUCUCAGGCCCCGGCGUCGCUCCAGAAGGCUCUGGGGACGACGACUUCUUCCGUGUUGACCCCAACACUGGAGAAAUUUUCGUGCUAAAGCCUCUGGACCGCGAUCCCCCGGCAGGCCGCCCGCUGUGGCGGUUUACGGCUUUCGCGCAGGACGAGGGCGGUGCCGGGCUCGUGGGCUUCGCCGACGUGCAGGUCACUCUCAGUGACGUCAACGACAACCCACCCGUCUUCCCACAGCCGCUCUACCACGGCUACAUCGUCGAAAACGCUCCGGCAGGUACGUUUAUUCUGAACGUCACAGCAGUGGACAAUGAUGACCCAUAUGAAGGAAGCAACGCCAAACUGAGAUACUCAAUUGAAAAAAAUGCUGUGGAUGAACGAACAGGCUCGCCCAUGUUUGAAAUCGACCCUGACACUGGCGAAAUAAUGACAGUGGUUUGCUGUCUGGACCGAGAACGUACGCCCAGAUUUACCAUUCAGGUUGUCGCUACAGACGGAGGAGGCCAGGAAGGAACAACAACUGUAUCAAUCACAGUGAAAGAUGUGAAUGACACACCACCAGAAUUUUCUAAACUGGAAUGGUUUGUGGAAGUGGAUGAGACGGAUGGGGAUAAUAUCCCAAGAAAGCCUAUUCUUACUGUAACUGUUCGUGAUCAGGAUGAAUCCAACACAUUUCAGUUUAAGCAUGAGAUGACAGAACCAGUGAUGGGAAAGGUGGAGGUGCUUCCAUUCCCAGCUAAGGCCACACAGGCGACAUCAAACCAGCAAGGGCCAUCUUCACCGACUGAAGGGGCACCAGAGCUGCUGCUGGAGGUUCUGGAGUCAUGGGCUUAUCAGGCAGUGCUGACACAGGCAGAAACUGAGGCUGGAACACCAGCAGAUUGGUGGCAUCCAGCAACUGGAGGACCAGCAAGGCAUGUCGUUGUCGAAAAUAGUGGCUACGGUUCAAAUAAAUUUUCACUUGUGAGAAAUAAUGAUGGAACUGCUUCACUCAAAGUAAUUCGACCCUUGGAUUAUGAGGAUACCCAUGGCAACAUCAUGAGGUUCCAAAUACAGGUUACUGAUAAGGGUGAUAAUGAUACAUCACAACAAUAUUACACAAGAUACGCUUGGGUAACUGUUAAGCUCAGAGAUAUUAAUGACAAUACGCCUGUGUUUGAGAAACUUCAUGCUGAGGUAACAUUACCAGAAGAUGUUGCAGUUGGAAAAAUAGUUGAAAUAUUUAAUGCAAAGGAUCCUGAUGGUGAUGGCAAGAGCAAAGUGUCUUACAGUAUCUCAUAUGAUCUAGAUGCUUUGCAGCACUUUUACAUCAAUCAGGAUGGCAAAAUACUGAUUAGGAAAGAACUUGAUAGAGAAGUCAGUCCUUGGCAUAAGGUUAACAUCUUAGCAGUUGAUGAUGGAAUUCCACCAAAGACAUCCACAGCAACUUUGUUAGUCAUUGUUGAAGAUGUUAAUGAUAAUCCACCACAUCUCCUGGAGAAUUAUAACCCUGUUUUAUAUGAGCAUACACCACCUACAGAAAUUAUAGAAAUACUUGGAGCAGAUGCUGAUGAUUAUUCAAGAAAUAAUGGGCCACCAUUCACAUUUAGAAUGGCUCCCAACGCAGAUGAUAAGAUCAGGCAGUCAUUCAGUGUAACUUUUGAUCAAAAUGUAAAUACAAAGAGGUUUUCUUUCAUGAACAGUAUAAGCUAUAAGCUGGAUUUCAGAGUAUGUGAUCACAUGCACUUGCAGAACAAUGUGACAGCAAGUGUGACUGUCACAGUUAAAACUAUUCUGUAUGACAGAGUAAUUAAUUCAGCAUCAGUACGAUUUCAUGGAAUAUCAGAUGAAGAUUUUGUAAGAGAAUUGAAUGAAACUGAUAACAGAGUGGAACGUUUUAGAAGCUACGUUGCAGAAAUACUCAACACUGGAAAGAAAAAUGUAGAAAUUUUCAGUGUAAAGCAGCACAGCUGGCAGCCCCCUGUACUUGACAUUUUCUUUUCUGUUGCUGCUUCAAGAUAUCAAAGACAUGAAACAGUAAAUGGCCUUUUGCAGAUUCAUAAAGAAGAGAUUUAA